AUGGCUUUUCAAAAAUUGAAGCUUGAAUUCAUGGAAAACCGGAGACAGCGUUUGGCCACCUACCGGAAGAGGAAAGAAACCCUCAAGAAGGCGGCCUACGAGCUGUCCACGCUCUGCGGCACCCCCAUCACCGUCAUAUGCUUCGCUCCCAACGGCAAGCCCGACACAUGGCCGGAGGACGAAGGAGCCGUCCGCGACAUCGUCGGAAGGCAUCGAAGCGUCGGCGCCGAGAAGCGGAGCAAGCUUCACUUCGACAUUCCGGGCUACUUCGCAGCCCAGGUCCGCAAAACCAUGUGCGGCCAAGCCUGGGAUCCUCCUCCGCUCGACGACAUACCAGAGGAGUCUCUGAGAGAGAUGAUUAGUUCGCUGGAGUCUGCUAAGGAGGCUGUCAAGAAGCAGAUCCAAAUUCUCAAGGAGGAUUCCAGGCGCAACCAAGGCAGCCAUGGAUGA